AGGCAACGCAGUGGUACAGGGAGAGACACCGGUGUACCUCACCCUGGCCUGUGUCGUCACGCACACUGCUUGCUAUAAAGAGACCGAAACAGAGGGUGGACACUUCGCACGUUACCGGAUCCCCGUCUUUUUCCUCCUCCUCCUCUCUAUCUCUCUCUCUCUCGCUCCUUUUCGUUCACAUCAUUCGAGAAACAGCUACAGAGCCUGGCCGUAGUAACAGUUGCUGUUUGUUGUGGAGAUGGAGAUCAGGGGUGGAAGAGGAAGGAGGCUCAGCAGCAGGGAGGCGAGCCCAGAGCGAGCCAGACUGGGGUGCUCGCAGCAACAGAGGUUCAUCAGGUGUUUGAGGAAAGUUCAGGUCAUAUACUAUCUCAGCAGGAAUGGGCAGCUGGAGCAACCCCACUUCAUCGAGCUCCCUCACCUCCCAAACCACCAGCUCCGCCUCCGAGAUGUGAUGGAGAGACUGACUCUUCUCCGAGGCAAAGGCAUGCCUUCCCUCUUUUCCUGGUCUUGCAAGAGGAGCUACAAGAAUGGGUACGUGUGGAAUGACUUGGCCGAGAACGACAUCAUCUUUCCGGCGGAAGGCGUGGAGUACGUUCUGAAAGGCUCUGAGAUCAUCCCGGGCGCUUAUGGUCUUUCCUUGGCCUCCUCCUUUCCCGAGUCCCUGUUACUGUUUUAUUGGAUGUUUCCACUUGAUUGCAAGCGUUUCUUUGGCUGUAUUCAACUUGAGAUUUGCGUGUCAGCGCGUUUCCAACACGUCACUGCGAGCACCAGGCAGCCAAAACGACUUCCUGCGCCCCCCAGACUCCUUUUGGAACCAGAAGACGACGACGAAGAAGAGGCAGCGGAAGAAGAGGUUUCAGAGGAGGAAGAGCUGAGAGGCGGUAAGGGCACUGGGGGUGACAAGUAUCCGAACGGCGCAGGUUACUCUCGGCUUUCCCAGGGCGUUUCGACGGACGAGAUCGAGCGAGUCGCGGCUCCGGCUAACCACCACGGGCUCACCGAGCUGCCCACCGACGACUCGUCUCCGCCUUCCUCCACCACGUCGGACAAGCCCCCCACACACGCCCCCGGCCUCGGCGCCUCCCGGAGGUUCGAGGAGGUCGACCAGACGCCGGAACCGGGCCUGACUCGGAACUCGGUCCUGCUCCAACUCAUCGCCUGCGGGUCCGCGGCCCUGAAGGGAAGAAGCAGCCCCAGCGGCGGAAUGAUCAAGGCCGCCGCCACCUCCGCCUCGCCAGUUGAGGAGCGGAGAAGCAACGGGCGACACCGUGGAGUGGUGAGUCGACUCGCGAGCCGGGCGGGCGAGGAGGACGAGCUGCGUCGCCACUCGGAUAACCCCCGCUUCUGUCACCCCCUGAUAGAGGACAAGGAGUACUUCAGCGGCAGCAUCUUCGAGGGUAGCAUGGGGCCGUCCGAGCCCUCUCUCAAGAAAUCCUCCUCCUACAACGAAGAAAGGAGCUCAAAGCUUGGGAUUGGUAAAGGGAAGCUGGAGAUGCGGGACGACAGAGGAGGGGAUGUGAAAGUGCGACUGUACUUUACUGUGCAACUUUGGAUCACUGCCAUUGCUAGGAUCGGAAGCAUCCCAAAGGAUAUCUUUCUCUGGAAUCUAUGCUGGAUCCUGUUCUCCAGCAGUGUUUCUCUUAGCUAGGUCUUAGGUUUGAUGUCUGAAUCUGCCAUUAUUGCAUCCUUUCAGAAGAAUUACUGCUCGGUUCAUGCUCUCGACAGAACCCAAGAACAGUGAAUCAUUAUUGCCUAUGCACGGGCUUAAUAGAUGGAUCCCUGCUCCUUUUGGGCAUUCAA